AUGUUUUAUCUAUGGUUUCUCCUUGGGGCAUGCAUCAAUGCAAUUUUUGCUCAACAAUUUUAUGACUCAACUCCAUGUUCUCGGGACACCAGUUAUCCUGGUUCGAGAUACACCUGCAAUUCCUUCCAGAAUUCAUGCCAAACUUUCGUGGUCUACAGAGCUAGCGAAUAUUUUCAAACUAUCUUAAGCAUCUCUGAACUGUUCCACAUGAACCCUGAUGACCUACUUCACUUGAAUAAUCUUCCCUCUCCUUCAGAGGUACUCAUGCCAGGUAAAGGAGUUCUUAUUCCCAUCAACUGUUCUUGUUCAGGCCAGUUUUUUGAGGCAAAUUUCAGUUACACUGUGCCUAGGACCACAACAUUCUCAGAUAUUGCUUGUGGGGUUUUUGAAGGCUUACUGAAACCACAUACACUUGGUGAGGCAAAUCCUUCUCAAGUAAAUGACCCCAAGGUUGAUUCUAAACUCCAUGUGCCACUGAAAUGUGCUUGUCCUGAUAAUUUUACUAGUAGCGAUGGGGUGAAGUACCUUGUGACAUAUCCUCUUAGAGAAGGUGAUGGAACAUUGAAAUUGGGUAAAAAAUUUGGCAUUCCUCCUGAUACUAUAUGGGUAGCCAACCAUUUAGUACCUCGCCCCACUGUUUAUCCAAACACCUCUCUUUUAGUUCCCUUAAGAACAGUACAAAUUAUUAAUCCCAAUGUUACAGAUUCUCAACCUCCAACCCCAGGUUUUCUUCCCACAAUAUCAGUAGAAAACUCAAGGAGGAACACAAAGUCGAAGAAUUUGUAUAUCAUAGGAUCAGCUGUACUCCUCUGUCUGCUGCUUGUAGCAGUGCUGCUUGCAUUCUGUGGAUUCUACUUUAUGGCCUUGAACAAAGGUAAGGGUGAGAAGCUUCAGUCCUUUACUGCUAGAAGCUCUCCAGUAUCCCCUCAAAACUCCACAAAUUCAUGUUUAUCUCCGGAUCUUCUUGCUGGAAUAAAAUAUUCUUUGCACAAUUACAGCAUAGAGGAGCUCAGGGAAGCAACAAGGGAGUUUAGUGAAGAUACAAAGAUAGAUGAUUGUGUUUAUAAGGGGUUGAUGGAUAAUGUUGAAGUGAUGAUCAAGCAGAUGAGAUUUGAAGACCAUCUCCAUAUUAUCCAUAUACAUUCAAAAAUCCAUCACAUCAACAUAAUAGAUUUACAAGGCAUUUGUCAUGGUACUGAAAGUGACUGCUCUUUGUCAUACCAUGUGUUCGAAUUUCCCAGCAAUGGCUGCUUAAGAGAAUGCUUAUCUAAUUCGUCUAGUCCUCUUGGGUGGCAUCAAAGGACCCAAAUUGCUUUUGAUAUUGCAACCGGGCUUCACUAUUUACAUUAUUAUACAGUUCCUUCGCAUGUCCACUUGAGCAUAAACAGCAGAAGUAUAUUUGUAACAGCAAACUGGAGAGCAAAACUUGCAAAUUUUGGAAGCAUCCCUGCAGUUGAACUCUCAAAAGGAAAUGGUACUACACUUGGUCUUGGAGGGUGGAACCUUCUCCAUCAGUCAGCAGUUUCAGCCAAGGUUGACAUUUUUGCAUUUGGAGUUGUUCUGCUGGAGCUCAUCUCGACCAGGGUGGACACGGAUGGGAAAGUGUUGAAAGAUUCAAUUGGAUAUUUGGGUGGGGCGGCUUCUGAAGGCGAUUGCUUCGAGCUAUUAAGGAGUUUCAUGGACCCUUGGCUUGAGGAGGACUAUCCUCUUGCAGAGGCUCUAUGUUUGGCUGUUUUAGCCAAGGCUUGUGUGGAAGAUGAUCCUCUGCAUAGGCCAUCAAUGGAUGAUAUCAUGAAAGUCCUUGCCAGAAUGGUAUGA